GUUUAGAAAGUCCACACCCCUGCACACACACACACACUCACAGCACACUCAUGCCCAUGCUUACAGUAGCAUUUGAACUCUCAUAAGAGCUGUCGUGACACUUGGAUCUACUUCCUGGCACAGAUCUUUUUACAUACCUGCCUUAGAGGAUGGAUAAACCAUCAUCGGAAGGUAAAAAACAGACUUGACCUGGAGAUAUCUGUGGCAUAAGAGUUUGGGAUGACUUCAGACAAAGACUUCUCUGCUGAUUGUGAGAUUCAUAAGGAGUGGCUGCUGUGGUUCCUCAACAUUUGGAGCAUUAAAGACAGGAAACCAAGUGGCUGGGAGGUGGUUUGGACUUCAUAGCCUUUUACAGCAACAAUGGACCUGACUUUGUGGCAGUACCAGUUCAGGAUCAUCAUGCUGGGGGACUCCACGGUGGGGAAAUCGUCUCUGCUGAAGCGUUUCACUGAAAACUUGUUCCUUGAGUCCAUCAACCAGACAGUGGGUGUGGACUUCUACGUUCACUUCCUGGAGGUAGAGCCGGGCGUGCGUGUGAAGCUGCAGUUCUGGGACACAGCUGGACAGGAGAGGUUCAGGUCUGUGACCCGCUCUUAUUACCGCAACUCGGUCGGAGGCCUGCUGGUGUUCGACAUUACCAACAGAGCCUCCUUCGACCACGUUAAGGAGUGGCAUGCUGAGGUGUGUGAGCGAGUGCAGCCUUACAGGGUUCUCUUCAUCCUGGUGGGCCAAAAGAGUGACAUGGAUGCUGAGGGGGAGAGGGUGGUGAGUCGGGAAGAGGCCGAGAAACUGGCCAAACAGCUCGGGGUGCCCUAUGCUGAGGUCUCUGCAAAGACAGGCCAAAACGUGAAGGAGGCCUUCGAGCUGCUCACUCGGCGGGUCUACCAGGGUCUGAUGAGCGGAGAGGUAGAAAUGCUAGAGGGCUGGGAUGGAGUCAAGUGUGCUACUCCACAGUCCCUGCAGGCACAGAGAGCCAGCCUGGCACAGGCUGACACGCCGCCCAGGAAUACCAAGAAAUGCUGUUAAUAAACUGUCGACUAAACUGGUGCUUAGCCAUUUGGACUCUUGUUACUGAACCCAAAACCUGCCCACAGGAAACUGGAUUAAUUGGGGAUUUUGACUGUAAUAACUGGACCCUCGUGAAACAGUGAAGAUUUGAAAUGCAUGUUUGCAUCUUUUGUUGUGAAGUUACUGACUUGUAAAAUUCUUUGACAUCUCUGAAAUGAGCAAAGUUUUGACUUCAGGAGAAAAAACGUGUAAUUAAGUUUUUUUUAGAAAUGAUGUGAUCUCUCACAUUGAUCCGAACUAAAACACCUUUUAAACUUAAAAUCUAUGAGAUGGAUUGCUGUGACAUUUGCAGACUCUUGUGGUGGGUAGUAAGAGGACUAAACUCUUCUGAGUUUAAGAUCCUCUUGUUUGUCAUAGGACCCCCAGCAGGAUGACAUAUUUACUGCUGUCAGUUACUGACUCUUCAUUUCACCCUAUCAUUAAGCCAAAAUUGCCAUUUUCAAUAGUUGUUAAACAGCUGCACUUACUGUGAAGAGCUGAUUGGUGGGUGUUUGCAUUCUAAUGUGCUGAACAACAAUGGAGAACCAGGAUAAUAUUACCUGCUGGCCAUCGGCCUGUUACAGUAAGCUCAAAGUGCUUCACAAGCACCUUAGCUUUGGAAAGCUUUGGACUUAAGCAUUGUUUAUUGCAAAAAAAAACAUCUGCUUUUGUAUUUAUUAGACUUUGAAAAAGUCCACAAAGAGGUUAACGAUUGUGUGUAAGAUUCUUGGAAAGACUUGUACAUACUAAUUAAAUCAUUGCAUGUCUUGGUUUAGACAGGGGGCAGCAUCAUAUUCAUCAUUAUUUUUAAUCUACAAGGAUUGUAUACAAUGAAAUCCUCUGACGCAGAUAUUUGGACCCUAAAACCUGCCAGUGAAUAAUUUGUUGUGCAUGUGGCUCCUACUGCUAUUUUUCUCCUAACAGCCAUAAACUGCUCAGAACUUCUCUCCACACUUUGGUCAUUACUCGUCAAGGUCACUGGUUUAUUUCUGGGAGUCACAAAAAAAAGUUUUAAUGACAACUUUACAAAAAAAUAUCAAUCUCUUUCCUGGUUUCAGUACAUCAGAGGGCAGUCCUUGUAUAUAUUGUUCUGUCAAAGGUUGGUGGAAGUUAAAGUUUGGGGUCCCCUAGUUGACAUUAUAGAAACAUCAUUCCAGGCCUCUGUGAAUUUAUGGUUUUGGCCUGAGUGUUUGUCUUAAAAAGGCUUUUUUUGUAUUACUAAUAAUUGCACAACAUCCUCCAAGUGAAGUGAGUGUUUCUGUGUGCUGUCGCUGAAAUUAAAAUAAAAACUCUGGGGCACUUUUGGAAAAUGUUCUUCAAAAUGAA